GGGGCCGCCGCCGGCCCCGACGAGGCUGACGAAGCGGUGCGGGGAACCUGCGAGGACGCGUCCGUCUGCAAACGGUUUGCUGUCAGUGUUGGUUACUGGAAGGACCCUUACAUCCAGUAUUUUGUGAGACAAGCCAAAGAAAGGAAAGCACCUGAGAUCAACAGAGGUUAUUAUGCUCGUGUGCACGGGGUCAGUUACCUGAUCAAGGCUUUCCUGGAGAAGACAGAGUGCAACUGUCAGAUUGUUAAUCUUGGGGCUGGCAUGGACACCCUGUUCUGGAGACUGAAGGAUGAAAAUCUUCUCCCUAGAAAAUAUUUUGAAGUGGAUUUUCCAAUGAUUGUCGCAAGAAAAAUCCAUAAUAUCAAAUCAAAACCUCCCCUGUCAAAACCAAUUAUGGAAUCCCAUUCAGGGGACUCUCUUCUAAUAGAUUCCCACAGCCUGGACUCCAGUCGAUAUUCCAUAGUAGGAGCAGACCUCCGCUGCUCAUCAGACCUGGAGGAAAAGCUAAAGAAACAUGGCCUGGAUGUACAUUUGCCAACGCUGCUGGUGGCCGAGUGUGUGCUGGUUUACAUGACCCCCCAGCAGUCUGCAAACCUGCUCAGGUGGGCAGCAAGCACCUUCCCCGUGGCCAUGGUUAUCAAUUAUGAGCAGGUGAACAUGGGGGAUCGCUUCGGGCAGAUCAUGAUCGAGAACCUGCAGCGCCGGCAGUGCAACCUGGCUGGGGUGGAGCUCUGCAGCUCCCUGGACUCCCAGAGGGAACGACUGCUGGCAAAUGGCUGGGAGGACGCCCGUGCCAUCGAUAUGAUGAAGGUGUACAGCUUCCUGCCACAGGCUGAUGUCAAAAGAAUAGAAGCCCUUGAAUUCCUGGAUGAAAAGGAACUGUUUGAACAACUGAUGCAGCACUACUGCAUCUGCUGGGCUUCCAAGGACAGCAGCAACCUGGGUCUGGCAAACAUUGACUUCUGAGGGCUGCAGAGAGGGGAGCCCUGGGGAGCCCCGUGACUGCCUUGGCUCAGCCAGGACGUGAAGGGAUGGGAUUUGCACGAGGCAGCCCCAGGCUGUGGCUGGGGCAGCUCCUGCUGCUGC